AUGAGUAGCAGUGAUGAAAUAUCUUGGAUAUCAUGGUUUUGCGGCCUACGUGGAAAUGAAUUCUUUUGUGAAGUUGAGGAGGACUACAUCCAGGACCGAUUCAACCUUACCGGUUUAUCAGAGCAAGUUCCUGAAUACCGUGAUGCUCUCGACAUGAUACUUGAUUUGGAAACUGACCCUUCUGAUAAUCCAGAAAAUACCGAUCUCAUUGAACAAGCGGCUGAAAUGCUUUAUGGACUAAUACAUUCUAGAUACAUUCUGACAAAUCGUGGUAUUUGUUUUAUGGUGGCAAAAUGGCAGCAAGGGGAUUUUGGUUAUUGUCCUAGAGUAUACUGUGAAAGCCAGCCAUGUUUGCCAGUCGGUUUAUCAGAUGUUCCUGGUGAAGCUAUGGUUAAGAUAUAUUGUCCUAGAUGUCAAGAUACCUAUACUCCGAAAUCUACUCGUCAUCAUCAUACAGAUGGAGCGUAUUUCGGUACUGGCUUUCCGCAUAUGCUGUUUUUAGUUCAUCCAGAGUACAGACCAAAACGAGCUAGUAAACAGUUUACUGCAAGACUGUUCGGCUUUAAAAUACAUCCUUUGGCUUAUCAACUACAAUAUCAAGCCGCGGCUAAUUAUGUUAUGCCUGUACGCCCUGGUUUUUCAAAACGUGCAUAA